ACCGUAGCUGAUGCUCCAGUUGAGUGGUUCUGUGAGCAGAGUUCAACGUUGCUGCUGCCAUCCUUGACAACCUUGAAAAACACCACAGCUAUGGCCAACAAGGGACUGCCGGACCUCAAGAAGCAAGUGGAGGGAGCUGCUCAGGAAGCGGUGACUGCAGCAGGAGCCGCGGCAGGAGCAGCAGCCCAGCAAGUGAUGGAUCAAGCCACAGAGGCGGGACAGAAAGCCAUGGACCGCGUGGUCAAGACUACGCAGGAAACCGUCGACAAGACUGCUAACCAGGCCUCUGAGAGUUUCUCGGGUUUCGGGAAAAAAUUCGGCCUCACCAAAUGACAGGAAAGACUUGGGUGACUCUCCUCCAGGCAUGCCCCCCGUCGUUGGCCGCUCCUUGGGCUUGCCACCUCAUUAAAGCACAUACUCCUACCGCG